CUGAGUAAAUUGUCAAGGGAAUGGAAUGUCACAUACUUUUUUUUUGUCGAUAUAAGGGCAAUUCAUAUAUUUUAAGAUCAGAGUUUGGGAAACCUCAUACUGUGUAGUGUGUUGUUUUUUUUUAUGACAGUGUAGAUGAGAUUUAUCAUCGUAUGUGACAGAUUUAACACUUGCUCGGGCUAUACCAGAGAGAGAGAAAGAGAAACUGAUAGUGCCCAAUUACCGAGGGAAACGCAGAGAGGUCCACAUGACGUGAUCCCGUUGAUGGAGGUGUACAACAAGAGCUUGUGUCAGCCUCGGGAGCUGCUAGUGGAGAUCCUGCAGGAGUACCCCGAGGAGGUGGAGCACAUCUUCAUCCCGUCGUGCGUGGUGUUGACGCGCUGCGCCGGCUGCUGCAACGACGAGACGCUGCAGUGCAUGCCCACGUCCAGCUAUAACGUGACCAUGGAGAUCAAAAGAAUAAAAACCCAAAGGCAACAAAAUGAUAUCUUCAUGAGUUUUACAGAGCACAGCGCAUGCGAGUGUAGGUUAAAGAAAGAAGUGAAAGAGCUGCGAGAAAAACAAUCCCGGCGAGGCCCAGCUAAAGGCCAAAAAAGAAAGCGAAAGAAAAACCCAGACAUAACAAUUGGCGAUGCUGUUUGCAAGCCGUGCUCAGAAAGAAGGAAGCAUUUAUUCUUGCAGGAUCCGCAAACCUGCCGCUGCUCCUGCAAACACACCGACGAGUUUUGCAAAGACCGCCAACUAGAGCUCAACGAGAGGACCUGCAAAUGUGACAAGCCCAGAAGAUGAGGGAGGAGGAGCGCCGCACACAAAAGAUGAAGGAAUACUCCGUUCUAUUAUUAGAACGUAAUACGACGGAUAUUUCACAGCACAGCACUUUGCCAUUUUUUCUUUUUUUUUUUUUGGACCCGAAAGCUCUUUUUUUCUGUGGAAAGCAUUCCACUCCGGACUUUCAGAGAGAGACGGACAGUUUGCCUCCCAGUGUAUAUCUACAGCACGUGCGCGUGUGCGUGUAGGCCAGCAUACCACACAACUGUUUGCUGCUACAAAAAACACACACACACACACACACACACACACACACACACACACACACACACACACACACACACAAAAAACAAUCAAACGACUAAAAUGAUAUAUCAUUUGAUGGAAGCGCCUUCUAACCACCCUGUUGCUUUUACUUCACUGGAUGCGAGUCUACUGUGCUGGUGCACAAAAAAAAAAAAAAAAAAAGGCUUGGAGUUUUAAGACGGCUUUAAGACGACAAGGAUAAGGAGGAAGAGCGUUGUGGCGUGGAUUCACACACGGAUGUCUGCUUUUACUGGCAAAGCGGGUGAGGGUUCUUCCUAAAGACGGCUGCUUUUUUUUCCUACGGGGAGGGGGUGGGGGGAACAUUUUCAGCACACGACACAAGGAGUGCCUUGAAAGGGAUACUGCAAGCCAAUGUGCUAUUAUAUCUGGCGUGAAAGAAAAAAAACCACUGAAUGAAAACUCUACUGUAGUUUGAUUCCAUCGGGAAAACCAGUGCCUCGCUUGAAAAAGAAAGAAAAAAAAAAAGACUCAGAAAAAGUGCUUUAUAAAUUAUUUGUUCCUUUUUUUUCCAGGAAAAUGGGGAUUUAACGCAGUAGUGCUUUGAUUACACGUCCUCUCUGAACUUGUACAUAUCUAAUAUUAUCCAUUCAUGCCAUAGCCCAUUCUAGAUAAUUUAUAAUGUCAUAGAGUAUUUUUCAGUAUUCAUUUUAUUGCCCAUAUUUAAUGCGCUCUAUUUAUAUAUGCAGUGUUGUGUCCCAACUCUCCCGGCGACUGUCCCGUUUGGCAAGGAUUCUCCUGUGCUUUUAUUUUGUUUUAUUUUUUACACAUAUAACAGAAAAAAAAAAUUGCCAACCAGAAAAAAA